AUGCCACCAGAUGAUGAUUCCCUGAGCUUGAUCGAGGAAUGCACCAAGGGGGGAAUACACGCUGUUGUAUAUCUGUCACGUCUUGGGCUCAUCAAUUUAGCCAAGGAUCCUGGCAAGUCCGGCAUACCAGACUUCAAGUCAGUACCUGAUGUUCAACGCUUCUGGGAUUCGACGAAGCCCAUUGUCGAGUCUAUUGCGACGCGAUACAAGACAAGAAACGCCAUACGCGAUGCUCUUCGAGAUCGACGCAUCUGUCUGGAAGAAAUCUCAAGAGAUUGCCUAGAACAAUUCGGCCAUCAUGUCUGGAACAAUGGUGUUAAAGGACCUUUCGUCACACGUGUCGAUACCCCUAGCAGAGUCAGCAAGAAGUUCGAAGUCAACGAUACCUUCAGAGUCCAGAAGUCUUCGAAAGUCAAGACUCGUACCAAGAUUGCAGAGAGCACGUAUCCAAGGCAUCUGAUCUACGAAAAUCGAAAAUACGAUUGCAAGUCUCUGCGUGGAUCGUCCAGCGCGCCUGUCGAAAAGUCGAAGCCGGUGGAAAGAACAAAGCUUACAAAGCACGCGUGA